AUGUGCACUUGUGUAUAUUUUCAAAAGAUUUCCGGCAUAAAGUAUGCUACGUACUGCGGUGUCCUCGCCGAAAAUGCCGUAGACGACUGCAAGUACGAAGGCGGUGGUAGAAGAGAGGGAGCAAAAAGGUCACGACGGCUUGCACAAAAGUCUGGAGAACCGAGUAAACUUUGAACUGAAAAAAAACCCUUAACACCACUACGCUAUACAUUCGUGUUCUAACAGUAUCAUUGCCGUCUGUUGAGAAAAGAAAAAUAUCGGUCAAGUGCGAGCUCGAGGCAAUUACAAUCAUUAUACAGUCUCUGGUGGAGACGCAACCCGAGCAAGAAUCGUCCGGUUAUCCGGCCGGAUUUUUGUGA